GAAAGUACUGUGGGAAUCGAAACUGUCAGCUCAGUUAGAAAACAGCAUUCCAUUUAUGGGUGGGUUUAAUUUUAGCAUUUUUAUCUAGCAAACUUCAAAAUUUCAUUUCUUAUCGCGUUCGCUUGCUGGAAAUAAUGCCAGCUAAUAAAAGAGCGUAAAGUAAUCGACUAUUUUUUUAAAAUCAAUGACAGAGUACAUAUAUUAGGGAUCCAAAGGAGCUUCUGGAUACAUAUAAGGAGCAACACGGUAGAAGAGGUUUUUGUGCCUUAUGAAUGAAUGUAAAAAACUAGAUGUUUGCAAUGGCUUGGAUGCUGCUAGUUCUUUGCAAUCUCUUUAUUCUCUGCACACUGCAAUACAUUAGAGCAAUCACUGCAGAAGAAAUUUCUCCCUUGCAUGUGAAAAUUAAAAACGUGACUGUGAAGCCGGCUUCUCUCAGCAUUACAUGGUACUGCAAUAUUACAGAGAAGAUGAAGAAUUACACGUAUAAUAUGAUCAUAAAAGAUUACAAACAGAAGUUUCCCCUGAAUAUACAGAAUUGCUCCACUGAAUUCUUUAUUCAUCAACAUAAACGUCUGACAUUACAUCAAGGAGUAUCUAUAAAAAUUACAGCAAACGGAACAGAAACUGAACAUGAUACAUGGACAACAUUCUAUCCUGAAGGAGAAAAACAAACGUCUGCCAAAAAUGUUAGUUGCUUCGUGCAUGUAAGUGCUGUGAAUUGCUCAUGGAAUUUUAGCGAAAAAGCCCCCAACGACACAAUUUAUUCAUUGUGGCUCUACCAGGAAUUACCAACAGGGGAGAAAUGUGAAGACUAUACAACUAAUUUGACAUCAAGACAAAUGCACUGCUCUUUUAAGCCUUCAAAUAUUACAUUUAGGCAAAUAGCAUAUCUACUUGUGCAAGGAUCGAGCAACACAACAACAAUUCAGUUUUAUGAUCAGUGGAUUUUUUUAGCUAAUAAUGAAACACUGAAUCCUCCAAGAAACAUACAGGUCAAUGCAAGUACUCGUGAAGUUGCAAUUAAGUGGGAAAAUCCAGAAACACAAGAAAAUGUUGGAGAGCAUUGUUUUUCAUAUGAAAUCUACUUAAAGGGAGACACAAUUCAGGGUACAAACAUCCCUGUAAAUCAGCGUUUAAACUUUACUUUCCAUGAAUUCACAUCAAGCCAGACUUUUGAACUGAAAAUGAGGGCAAAGAGGAUUAAUUUAUGUCAUGAGACAGAAUGGAGUGCAUGGAGUAAAACCUUUAAAUUUGAUCCUCCUGUUUCUAGGAGACUCACAAAAGUUCACCUGUUUGUUCUUCUAGCAAUAAGUACAGUCAUCAUUGUAUCAAGCCUAAUAUGUGUUUGUCACAGAUUCCAGCUAUUGAAAAAAGUAUUUCCACCAGUUCCAGCACCUGUCAUUAAAUUGCAAGGUUUGGAGAAAGAUGAGCUCAAAGAGCUACGGGAGAACUUAAAGUCGGGAUAUGAAAAACUCCCAGAUAAUGAAGAAGACUUUAAAAUCUGUGAAAUUGAAAAUUGUUGAAGAAGCUUGUAAAGAAGAUAUUUAUUUGAGAAAAUGUUUAAGUAACUGUUACUGUUAAUUCAUUUCUUGCAAUGCAACCUAACCAUGGUAACCUCAGCGCAAAUUUGUCCAUUGGCAGAUAUUUCGGUAAUGCUUUGAUCCAGUUUUAUUCCCAUCCAGUUGAAAUUACUUAAAGGGAUACUGUCAUGGGAACAAUGUUUUUUUUCCAAAACAAAUCAGUUAAUAGUGCAGCUCCAGCAGAAUUCUGCACUGAAAUCCA